AUGGCUGGGGUGACAGCGAGUGCUCUCAUGGGGGUGAUGAAUCCCCUCAUCGGCAACCUUUGUGCCCUGUUGGACAGAGAUGAUGUCAAGCUUGAAGGUGUGCAUCGGCAGAUUCUCUUUCUGCGAGAUGAACUAAGCAGCAUGAGCACCACACUGGAGAUGGUGUCAGAGUCAGAGGAAGCAAAUCCACAAGUGAAGGAGUGGAUUAGUCAAUUGAGGGAGCUGUCCUAUGAUGUCGAGGAUUGCAUUGAGAUCUUUGUGCAUCGCCUUGGCCGUGUUGACACCUGCGAUGGAUUCAUCCGCAAGAUCAUAAACAAGGUUAUCACUCUGAAAACACAAUAUCAUAUUGGUGUACAGGUUAGUGAGCUUAAGGAACGUGUGAUGGAGAUUAGUGACCGGCGCAAAAGAUAUAAGCUCGAUCCAUCCACCUUUUCUCCAAAGUUUGUGGCCAUUGAUCCCAGGUUGCCUUCACUCUUUGAGGAGGCAGAUAGACUUGUGGGUAUCAAUAGCCAAAUGGACAAACUUGUCAAGUGGCUCACUGAUAGCACUAGUACUUUGCACACACAGCGUAAGGUUGUGUCAAUUGUUGGAUUGGGUGGAUUAGGCAAGACAACACUUGCUAAUCAGAUUUUCCAGAAGGUCCGAAGUCAAUUUGACUGCACGGCUUUUGUCUCUGUGACCCGAAAUCCUAAUGUCAACAAGAUUCUCAGUGACACACUAUUGCAGUUUCUUAAGAGUAGCCCAAUUACAGCAGAUCAAAAUCAAGACAUUGAAAGGGUGCAUGAAGAUCUUUAUUUCAAAACAUUAGAGUAUCCACAGCUUGUGAAUAUGAAUAGAGACUAUCUUCAGAACAAAAGGUACCUAAUAAAUUCUGUAAACUUAUCAUAUUGA